CUGAUUUUGCAUCAACCUUUCGGGGUCCAAUUUUGAACCUUUAUUUCUUAGUGUGUAUAGUACAGAUACAUGUAAAAGACUUUUGAAAAUUCGAUAUCAAUACAAAUAGAAAUCAUAAGAACCUCAGUUCAAUUCAUGUCAUCGCGAAUUGGGAAUAACCUUCAUCAAAAUGUAAAAAAGGAAAUGUCCAAUCAUUUUGUUUAGAGCUGUAGAAUGAAAGGACCAAUAGUGAUACAUAGGCCUACAAUUAUAUAUACAUAUUUCGUCUUAUUGUUAAUAACAUUUAUUGAAUUUCUUUACUGUUAUACGCUGUAUAAUUGAUUUCAUCACAUAUAUUCGGUUCAUUUGCCCAAUCGAAUGAGAACAUUGUUUAUCAUGUAAAAAUAAGUUUGUUUUUUUUGAAAGUGUAUUGUUCAUUCUUGAUCACAAGUAAAACACGAGGUUGACUGAAGGUAGGCUACCGUGAUGCAUUUCACUUACCCUUGCUAUUUCCGGAGUCAUUUCGCCAAGCAAAAGUAGAAUAAAUCAGCAAUGCUAGUUGCAUUGUAUCUUCAUGAUCUUGUUUGAUCUCAUUUAUCAUUCAAUCAUAAAACUAAUUUCUCGAAUUCAUUACGAUUUGUAAAACGUUUCAUUUAGACUAAUGUAUGGAUAAUAAUGGAAUACAUUACCUGAUAAACUUAAACAGUGCCCUUCCCUCUAUGUGUUUUUUAUUACAAUUGGUGUUAAUAUCGUGUGGUUUUAUUUUUGACCAAUUGUUGUUUUUGUGUAGAGCUUUAAAUGACGUUAUUAUUAUCAUUAUUAGCAUUAUUGACCGACGAAAAACAAGGCUUUUAUUGAAACUUAGACAAUCAUAAAGCAAUUAAUUUCAAUCCAAACGAUUUUCAUGAAAAAAAUAUACUGAGAGAGCGAACGAUGAGCAGACGUGGAAAUAGGAAAAUAAAAUGGAUUGUAAGGCUCGAGAUGUAUGGUCAUAAAGAAUAUGUGUAACGCAUGUCUGCAAGAUCAUAACAACUGGAACCCUAAUCUUAAACACAAAGUAGUGAGUGUUGAGGACAUCAGGGAGGGUAACGUAGUCUUAGAGAAGAAGUUAUAUUGUCGAGAAAAGAUACAUAAAACUGAGAAGUAUGAAUGCACUGAUGUAUGCACGACUUGUAAGAAGCUAAUUUGUAUGAGAUGUCGCAUGCUCUACCACACUCCGGAGAAAGGCCAUUGUGUUAAAGAUGCCGGGGAGUACACCGCCUCCAUCAAAAAUAGAGGUGAGACCCUACAGUCACGUGGUAAAACUGAAACUAAAACAGUCAAGAAUCACAUGACUUGUAUUGAUCAUCAAAUCAAACGCGUCAACUGUCACAUUGAUGGGGAAAAGGCAAAAAACAACAGGAUUUGCGAAGAAGCUAUCAAUAAAAUAACAGAGAGGAAUGCUACCUUGAACAAGCAACUCGAUGAUCAGAAAGAAAAAAUAGUUAGGAGUUUAUAUAAUAUGAAAAUUGAUAAUCAAAGGUUAGUUAAGAGUAUUGAGAGUGCGAGUGAUUUGUUGAGUAAUAGUUUGAAAGGCCGAAUAGAAGGAGAUGCUGCAGCAAUUUGUGAUUCAUUGUCUUUUGAAUUGAAUAAUGUAUUAGAUAGGGAUAAUCCAAAGAAGAUGGUUGCUAUUGAUGUCGGCGAUCAUGCAGAGGAACUGACGUUUACACCAAGCUGCGAUCCUGAUACAUUAUCAAUGGGGGAACUGAGGUUUGUGAAAUGUAAGCCGAAAUGCAAUGCAGCACUCUCAAAGAAGGACGCUAUGAAUGGCAUAGCUGCUACCAAUAAUGGUAUGGUAGCAGUUGGUUAUAGCGAAGGGGGAAUCUAUAUCUUCUCUCCUAAUUGUCAGCUUCAGGAGGCAGUGAUCAAAGACGUAUGGAUCGUGGACGUAGGAUACCUCUCUGAUGGUUGUUAUGCUGUACGCGAUAGAUAUAAUAAUAUGUCACUGUACACAUCAUAUAAAGAGAGACAGGAUGUGACAUUCGAUACUCUAGGUAAGAGUGAAGGUGGAACAGGUGGUCUCGCCGUUGACAGCAAUGAUCUGAUCUAUGUUAGCUACAGGAAAGCUAAGAAGAUCCAGGUAUUCUCACCAUCAGGUGGCAAGGCUAUGAGGGUGAUACCAUGCGAUGGGUAUGAACCAAAGCAAAUCACAUGUUAUGGUGAUUCAUUGAUCGUUAAGCAGGAUGACACUCAGAUAGCACGUAUUAAUAAAAAGGGUGUUAUAAUGUAUCAAUUAUUACGUAAACCUCUGGAAAUACGCCUCUUUGCCGCUGUGAGUAAGGACAAUACAAUCCUGAUUUCCUCUGUAAGAUUCGAGGAAGGUCUGCUCAAUAUCGAUGAGUAUACCGGUGAGCUCAAACACAUUAGGAGUCUUAUAUCUGAUUACAAGAUUGAAAAACCUGAUAGGCAUUGGUAUUACCUUCAACAGUUUCAAUCAGGAGAGAUAGCUUUCUGUACACCUAAUAGGCUCUAUGUAUUCAACCUAGUUACUAGUAAAGUUACCUCGUAAGAAUAUUAUGUUUCGACCUUCAAGAGCCAAUCAAUUUCCUACUUUACAAAUUCUUAAAUUCACCAGUUUCAAUGCUAAUCUUGGUAUUUAUGUUUCAUUCAUGUCAAGAAACUUAAUUAAUUCCAUUCGAUAAAAAAUAAUGUAAACAAUAGAAUAGUAAAAGGCAAAAGUACAUAAUAUACAAUUGUUAUUACAUACAGAGGAGAGUAAUUGAAAUAUGAGACUCUGCAAAGGUUGAAAAAGAAUUAAACUUCAGUUGAAGAAGAAUCAAGGUACUGUUAGAUUAUUCGUGUUUCUGAUUUCGAAAGGAAAAGGGAAACGAGGAGGCGCGCUCAAUUUUCUGUUUCGUGAAGGUGAAACAGAAAAAGGGAAAAAGAGAUUUCAAUUCAAUGUUAUGUUUCGUGAACGCGAAACAAAAAGAGGAAACGAAACUUUCAAUUCAAUUUUGUGUUUUCAAAAGGAAAAAAUAAAAAUUAUAAUAUGUAAAAAAAAGUCAAACGGAAGAAUGAACCGUUUUUUCUGUUUUCUCGUUUUUACAUCUUUCAUUUUUUAAUCAAAAGCAAUAUAUCUAACGAUACCUUGAUUAGGAAGCUCUGUCCAAAGCUGCACCCCAUCUGUAUCUUGUUUAACAUAGUUUCAUGCAUGUGUACGUAGAUUUCACCACGUCUAUCUUUACCAUUCUUAAAAGAAUACAAUUUGAGGGCUUUCCUUGAAACUCCAUUUAAGUAGAAAUUAAUUUAACAAAGUGACUGUUUGAUGUUGCAUUUUCUUUCCAUUAAAAUAUCAUUUUGCAUACCCUUAUUUAAAAAAAUAUGUACAAGCAUAAAUACAUGUAAAUGACACCAAGCAAAAUUGAAAAGUGAAACAGCAGAUUACAUUGAUUAUUCAGAAAUGACUAAAACCUAUAUUUCAUAUCCAAUGUUUACUUCCUUAAUGAAGAAUAUUCUAUGACAUAAACGACUGAUGUUGACAACGUGACCAGUAAUGAGUCUGGUGCCCUAUAGUAGGCCUACGGAAGAAAAAAAUCUUUGUUGAGAAUGGGGAUUAAUAAAUACAAGUCCUAAUAGUUUUAUGUAAUUGUAAUUGUAUGUGUGUGCGUAUCUUGGGGGUGGGUCAGGAAUCUUCAGGGAAAUGGAAUGAGGUAAAAUUUAAGACUCACAAAAUAAAAAAAUCUAAAGCAAUGAUUAAUCGCAAUAACAAUUUAAUACAAUUAAAAACAAUCAAUCGACCAAUAUUAGAUCAAUGCGGCAAAAAAUCAGAUGUUGGAAAAUCCUGGCGAAAGUUAAACCGAAUAGAAUGAUGGUGUAUAUUAUUUGUAGAUUACUUCUGUUGGUGUUAUAUACCCUACUUGGAUGCUAUGGUAUGUUCAUGAUUUGGACGCAUAUACCAGUUUGUUCAUAAUAAUUUUCAUUACAUAUUCCUUUUUUUUUUCAAUAUUAUCACUAGCAUAAAUAGACAUCAAUGAGCGAUGACAACAAACAUACAUAUCGAAUUCGAUGUCAAUACAAAUAGAAAUCAUAAGAACCACAAUUCAAUUCUUGUUUUUUGUUUUUGUGUUUUAUACUUGAUCACAUGUAAAACACUAAGUGUGUUCAUAUUGUAAGAAAAAAGUUGAACAGAAGUUAUACAUACCACUAAAACCUUUCUAUUUCCGCAGUCAUUUCACCAAACAGAAAAUAGAAAGAAAAAAAA